AUGGGUGACAUCCUCUGUGGGUUUGCCUCGGCUCCUGUCAAGAUCAACGAUAACGGCGAUGAAUAUGAGACAGCUAUGGUGGCGGCGUUGGUUGGUAUUCGGGCUACCUCUUCUGGGGCACGGCUUGCUGCACCGAAUCGUGAGGAUAACCUGGAGGGAUCUGACAUUCAUCCCCAGGACAGUCAAAGCUCACAGCAGACUGUCAGCCUGGACUCUAUCCAGCCAGUUUCGGGGUGGUGGAUGUAUGAGAAGGAGGAUGCCAAAGCUGAGGAAGAACAGCAGAGGGUGAAGGAGGAAGUCGAUGAUGCCCUAGGUAGUUGUCCGCAGAAAGAUACUGCUUUGCUAUAUACAGAUCGGCCCUCGAUAUUCUGA